AUGAGUGUGUCUCCCCCUAAAUCAUAAUCACUUUCAGCUGAUAGAAGAAAAACUACAUUAUUUAUGUACCCUUUCCCCAAACCUCCAAGUGUUUCUCAUUUACCAAUCUUCAAUAUGACAAUUAAUAAAGAAAAUGUUCAACCUCAAAAAUAAAGUUGGAAUAUGUAUUAAUAAUCACAAUAACUAACAACAGUAUCUUAAAAAAAGAAACCUUAAAAAUUUAUAGAAUUAGAGUCUUAGAAGGAUCCAAAAGUAAAAUAUAAAUUUCCAAUCUUUACUGAUAAUCAGCUUGGUAUAAAACUUGAAUAUUAAUAAUUAUUAUAAGAAACAUAUGAUAAUGAUGAUGAUGUUAAUACUAGAGAAAGUGUUAUGCAAUAUUUUAUUGAUGUUUGUAAGUAGGAUUUAGUUUAGGGGAUGAGAGAAAAUAAAACAAUAAAAGAUAAAAAAGGGUAAUACUUAUUAUUAAAUAGGAGAAAUCCAAUAAUUAACUUUGCAGGAUUGCAAAAUAGAUUAAAAGAAUAAUAUACUAAAAUAGAAAUUGAUGCUUAGAUAGUAACUGAUGCUAUGUGA